AAGCCACAGGGAUACAAAGAUUGAUAUGAUGAUCUCUGAUCUCAGAAAACUCAGUUUAUUAUGUUCCAAGCCCAACAAGCUAUAAUAAGUAUCCUAUAUAAUAAAAGGCUAAUAUGCAAAUAGACCAAACGGUGGAACCGGAACAACCGAACCGGUCGCUGUGACGUGCGCUGACCACCAGGGGACAUGCGUGGAACAUUGUGGGUGUUGGCCGUGGUGGGAUGGUGGAGCAGGUUGUGAAGAUGAGAAAAGAAGUGAAGAGAAUCCGAGUUUUGGUUAUCCGAAAACUUGUCAGAAGUGUUAGCAGACUGAAGUCAAAAAAGGGUACUGAAGAUGCACUGUUAAAAAACCAAAGGCGGGCACAACGAUUGCUUGAAGAAAUUCAUGCCAUGAAGGAGUUGAAACCUGAUAUAGUAACUAAAUCUGCUCUUGGUGAUGAUAUCAGUUUUGAAAAAAUCUGCAAAAAGCCUGAAUCUACUGCGACUGAAAGAGCAAUUGCCAGAUUAGCAAUGCACCCUCUUCUGAAGAAAAAAAUAGAUAUGCUUAAAGCUGCCGUCAAAGCCUUCAAAGAUGCAAGACAGAAUGAUGCUGAAGUUAAGUCAUCAAGGAAUGCUUCAGAAGAAAAUCAUUCCAAGGACACUUCAUGUUCAAAUGAUAAUGCCAUUAAGUUGCAGCAUGAAAGUGCUAUUAUCAGUGAGCAAAAAGACAAGGAAGCCAAAAUAUUAGCAAAGAAACCAAUAAAUAGUUCAAAAGAAAAAGUAGUCAAGAUGGAACAUGGACUCAAAACAGUGGAUAUUCCAAAUUCUCCAUCACAGCCUUCUGAAAAGGAUCCUGUAGUUCCCUCUGGACUGCAGAAGAUGCCUGCUGACCCCAAAAUGAAAACAUUAAGUCAAAACCAAGAAAAGAAAGCCUUUGAUAGUUCACUUGGUGAUAACAGUGAUGGAGAAGAAUCACAUGAAGAAGAGAAGGAAUAUUUUGAUGAUAGCACAGAGGAAAGGUUUUACAAACAGUCUUCCAUGUCUGAGGAUAGUGAUAGUGGAGAUGACUUCUUCAUUGGGAAAGUCAGACGGACACGAAAGAAGGAAAGUAAUUGUCCUUCUUCAGUUUUGGAACAAAAAUCUCCCAAAAAAGUGUUCCCUGAAGAAGAUAUACUUGAAACCCGUGAGAGUAUAAGAAAUGACAGAAACAAGCCAAGUACAGAAGCAAGGAAGUUUGAAUCAGUGUUUUUCCAUUCUUUAUCUGGAUCUAAAAGCUCUAGAAGAAAUUACAGAGAACAGGCUCCAAAAAGCAACACCCCAGGUUUUCAGCAAAAUGACCCUCAACUCAAAAAUCAGUUUAUUAAGAAUGCACCAAGAGGACCAGAAAAUACAAAACAGCAGACACAGCUGCCUCUUCAUCCUUCAUGGGAAGCAAGCAGGAGGCGAAAAGAGCAGCAAUCUAAAAUUGCUGUGUUUCAGGGGAAAAAAAUUACGUUUGAUGAUUAAUUAGUACCUCUUUUUGUGAACUUUUCCAUCUAAAAAAUUGUUUUCCUUCUUUUUGUUUUUUACCAGCCCAUUAUUUAAACUCGUAUUUGGAUAAGUCUUUUUGGAGGAGGUAUAGAAAUCAGUUUGUUGUCUUUAUUUCUCUUUUUUAAGUAUGUUCAAGUUAUGUUUACAUAAAUCUUGCACAAAUCUACUACAUUAGUUGGUUUUUAAAAAUAUGCCCAGAACAUUCCCUUUAUAAAAGAAUUUUGAGAUUAUUAGUCAGAUUUCCUCAGUUGUGCUUAUCAUGAAGUAUAUUUCACUGGAUUAGGUCUGUGUUUCUUUGCCUUGAGAAUAAAAGUUGAGAUAUAUUUAAAAUAAUAAUUGAAAACUAUGAGGAGAUUACAGCUAUUUAAAGUAGAUAACCUCUGCUAAAAGUUAUUCUUGUUAGUAAAACUAAGAUUAAGAUAGUAAUGUUUGGCCCUGGCUGGGUAGCUCAGUUGGUUAGAGCAUCUUCCCAGUACAACCAAGGUUGUGGUUUCAGUCCCUGGUCAGGGGCACAUACAAGAAUCAACCAGUGAAUACAUGAAUAGAUGGAACAAUAAAUUGAUGUUUCUUUCUCU